AUGUACAAUGACACGAAGAACUUUCCAGAUAAGCCUAGUGCCUCUGAGACCCGUCUCACUAUAACAACCUUCACAGAUUUUUUCCUUCCCUUCCGCGUCCAUUUUCCAUCGAAGUCUCGUCCCACAUCUCCCAAUCUCGACCUCCAACCGAAACACACUCACUUUUCAAUCCCAGAACGUCUCCAAAUCGCGAACAUGGGCUGCGCCCCAUCCAAACCGGCCGUUCGUCGCUCCAGAGAGCCCCAAACCACCUUUCCGCGCUACAACGGCCCUAAAGACUUCCGUGCCAGCGUGAUGCCUGAGCGUGAGCGUGAGCGUGAGCGUGAGCGUGAGCGUGAGCGCUCCAGAGAGUCCGAAACCCCCUUUCCGCGCUACACAGGCCCGACAGAAUUCCGCGCCAGUGUGAUGCCGGAGCGUAGGUCCGACCGUCAAGCAGCUCAGAUGUAUCAGACGUACCAGAAGUUAGACAAGCAGCGCGGCAUGCGUGCGGGAAGGCGCUAUUCAUGGGAGGGACACCCGUCGGAGAAGGUACUCACGACGUUUGAUCAGCUGGCGGACCGCGGCAUUAUUCCCAAGAAUGCAUUGAAGAGGAAGUAG